AUGGAGGAGCUUCGCUACACGCCGAUGGACGACAAUGCGGCGCCCGUGGACAUGCGGGGUGCGCAGCGGCAGUCGCAGCCGGGAAGCCUGCCCGGGAUGCCGCCGGGUGCGGAACAGUUCCAAUUCGAGCCGGAAGUGGAGGAGAGAAUUAUCGAAAUCCCGAAGCUCGUGGAGCAAAUCAUUGAGAAGGAGGUGGUUAUCCCGGAAACGCACAUCGUAGAGGUGGUCAAGGAGAUACCGCAAAUACAGGAAGUGAUACGGGAAGUGCCAAAGUACUUACAACUGGGAUUGAUGAAUGUGUUAUAGUUCUUUGUGUUGCAUCUUCACUGCAGUGCUAAACGAAGUCUGUCUUGCGUGAUACGCAAAAAUUUGUAUAUUCUUCUUGAUCAGGUACGAAUUCAAGGAAGUGAUAAAGGAAAUCCCGAAGGUCGAGAUCAAAUACGUUGAAAGGAAAGUGGAAGUGCCGCAAGUCAUGGUAGAAAUGCCGUUUUCUCUUUAUUUGUAGCUAACCGUGUCGUGGACGACGCUUUCCAGUACUUAUUCGUAAAUGACACAAGCUAGUUUUUCUUUCCAAGCAGCUGACUUCGCGUUUCUAGUUCGAUGAAUCGAUUCGACAAGAAAUAACGCAAUUAUACAAAGGUGCGCGACAUCCCCGUGGAAGUGCCGCAAGUGCAGGAGAUCACGCGCAUGAUACCCCGUAUCGUGGUCAAGGAAAUUCCGGUGGAGCGGGUGCGCAAGGUCGAGAAAGUCAUUUACCGGGAUGUGGAGGAGAUUGAGUACGUCCCCGUCCUAUCAGAUGCAAAUAUGUCUGGGUCUGGAAACUUGUGAUGCUGAACUGUGGAUGACUGAAAUACUUCCCAAUGCAGCCAAGCAUGACAUGUUUCUCGCACACUUUCUCAUGCGCAGUCCGCAUGAGAAACUGCGCUUUUGUAUCACAAAAGAGGGUUUCUUUUUGCUUGUCAUGCAACACAGAUUUUAUAGGAGUGCAGGACUAGCAUUACUAGUUUUAUGCUUCCAGACCCAGACAUAUUUGCAAUGCAUACGUCCCCUACAUUGUGCAGAUCGAGAAGAAGUUCCCCCCCGGGAGCAUCGGUCCGGACGGCAAGCCGAUUCCCGACAACGGCGGCGGGUUGCUCGGCCCCGACGGCCAGCCGCUGGGACCGGGGAUACAGAUGGGCGCGGACGGGGUGCCGAUGCGCGUGAAGCAGGAGGUGCACUUGUUCGAGAACGUGAACCAAAUCACCAAGCCGAAACUCGUGCCCGUGGAGACGGAAGUGCCCGAGUACGUGCCGCAGUACAUCGACGUAGAAGUGGACGAAUUCGGGAUGCCGUUGCAACCCGCACCGACGUUAGACGUUCUGCUCAGUAGAGGGGUACCGAUGGAAGUCGCGUGAAGAUGGCGGUUUUAUUUCGGGGAGGAGUCAAUUGAUUAUCACGAAUUGAUUUCAUCUCGCCUUACAUCUCUUUUCCAGUUUGACUUCGAAGAUUCUGAAGUACAAGCAUGCAUUGGCAUUUUUCACAAGCUGCAGCUGCGGAGGAGCAACAGCUCUUCGAUGCUGUUGAUAG